UUGUAGUUGCCAAUGUUUUUUUAUUUAUGACUUUAUGAGUCGAGUCUUGUUCGUUUGAUAUUGAACCAGAGAUUUUAUAAAGCACUUUUCAUUUAAAUAUUUUGUUAUAUCACAAAAUGUUUUAGUGAUAAAAUAGAUCACGGACACAAAAAAAAAAGUUAUAGUCAAACAAAGAAGUCGAUGGCGCUCGAAAGAAGCGCUGUUAUUGCGAUCGGUUCUGUCUCAAUAUUUAAAAAACCUUAAACAUACAAAAUGACAUAAAAAAUAAAAUGACAUGACAUCUGCAGUAUAAAGCUAUGAUGUUGUGAGAUUUUUCGACGUUGACUGGGGGUCGCUAGUGAGUUGUCAUAAUUUAGUUUAACUUUGCUUACCGGUUUAGUUAUAAUAUAUAAUCUUUUCUAUAUAAAUUCGAAGAAACGAUUUCUUUUUUCUGAAGCUAUACGCAAGAUUUAUAAAAGAAAUAAGGUCUAGUUCAAGUUCGUUUUGAAAACUACAAAAGUCUGGAUCUUUCCUAAUCUGUCUCAUUUGAUAUUGAAUCAAUUUAUUCAUAUUAUUUUAUGGAUUUAUUGCUUUCCACUGUGAUUUGAACUAUGGGUGAGGAAGAAGCGGCGACUCUUGAGGGUCAGUUCUACGAAUUCUCGCGUUUGUUCGAUAACAAAAGAGAUGGUACCACCAUCACGCUGUAUAGGUUCGACUAUUGGUUGAGACAGACGAAACUGCUGGAUGAUCGGAAAGUCACUAUGACUGAUACAGGAAUUUUAUUUAAUAAGUUUAAUAAAACAGAAUUGAACUGGGAUGAAUGGAUGGAGUUUCUCGAAGAUCUGUGUGAACUGAAGGAAAUGGACUUGGAAAAAACUAAAGAAACUUUAACUAAUUGUGGACUUCCAGGGCAAACUCCGGUUAAUGUGCCUCAAUAUAGAGACUUCUUCUUAACAUAUAAACCAAAGGAAAAAAUGAUAUUUUAAGUUAAAACUAUAGGAUAUUUUAA